CCCAAAGCUAGCCUUAUCACCCCAGUCCAGGCUGGCCCAGCUCAACCACACAACACCAUGAAAUACCCUCUGGUGCCACUGGUGAAUGAUCUCACGUUUUCUUUCCUGGUACUUUGGCUCUGCUUGCCCGUGGGCUUACUGUUGUUCUUGUUGAUCAUCUGGCUACGCUUCUUACUUAGCCAAGAACCUGAGGAAAAUGACUCAGAGUUAAACCUACACUGGGAGCCCUGGAGCAAAGGCUUGGAGGGGAUACUUCAUAACCGAGAGAAGCCCAGCUGGUGAACCUGUUCUGCCAGCUUGGUCUUUCUGGAGUCAGCUGGGCUGCCACAGUGAUGGAAGUGAAUUGGGGAUACUCACCAAGGAGGGAAGAAGACUGGGAUCCCCCACCUAUCUCAUCCACCCAUGAACACAUGAAAACCUCAGAGGAUACAGCUGUUCUCCUUUACAAAAUGGAGGCCUCUGGGGAGAAGUGGUCAGUGGGAUUCUGGGGAGGUUUAGUCCUAUCCAAGACUGGGCCCGAGGCUGUGGAUCCUUAUUAAAGAGAUGAAGAGGGUCUUCAGGAAAGCCAGCAUUAACAAA